AUGUACGGUAGAAGAUACGGAGGAGGCGGUUUUAGUUAUGGUGGAUCAUCAUAUGGUUCAUCUUAUGGUUCAUCUUAUGGUUCAUCUUAUGGUAGACCUUAUAGUUCAUAUAGUCAACCACAACAUAAUAGAACAAAAUACUAUCAAUCUAAUAAACAACAACAACCAGCAAAAGGACAAUACAAUAAUCCACAAAAACAGAAAUAUACUAAUCACUACAAUCGACAACAGAAGCAAAAUCAGUCCUAUAAUUAUCAAGGUCAAAAUAGACUAGGUCAAAGUAGACAAGGUCAAUAUAAACAACAACAACAACAACAACAAGAAGGUUAUGGAUAUAAUAGAAGAACUGGAAAUACGUACAAGAAUAAAACUGUAAAUCAGAAUAUCAAUGUAAAUCAACAACAGAGACAAGGUAGAAUGGGUAGAUUUGCAAGAGCAAUGAAAUUUCCAAUGAUGUUUAUGUUUUUCAGAUCUAUGACAAGACCAUUUCAUCGUGGUCAAGAAUCACAACAACCAGUUAUUAAUGAACAUCAUUAUUAUAAUCAACCACCACCAGGUCAACGAGGUCAAAUGAAUGAACCAGGUUUUGAACAAACACAACCUAGAGAAACUGUUCAAGUGAAUAAAACUGCUGAACAUGAAAAAGAUGUAAUAACAUAUCGAUUGAAUAAACAAGAAGUUGAUGAAGUACUUGAUAAUAGAAAUAAGAGUGUUAAUGGAAGGAGUGUUAAUGGAAGGAGUGUUAAUGGAAGGAGUGUUAAUGGAAGGAGUGUUAAUGGAAGGAGUGUUAAUGGAAGGAGUGUUAAUGGAAGUAUAGUGAAUUCAAAAGAAGCAAUUGAUACAGCAAAACUUGAUCGUACUGCAUCUUAUGCUUAUCCCUCAAUUGAAAAACAGAGUGAUCAAAAACCCCAAUUUUUUUAA